UGAUUUUCAUACUGUAGCGUUGAACAAAUAUCACAACCAAUGGGUGAGAAAUAUGGCCAUCGGGCAAGUAUGAUAGUCCUUGGAUAAGUGACAGCCAUCGAGCGAGUAUGAUAGCCCUUGGACAGUUGUCAAGGACCAUCAUAGCAAGGAAAGAGCCUGCUGAAUAUGUCAAGACUAUGGUGGAGCAAGUAGCCAAAGAUCUUUCUGUUGAUUACUCAUCAUAUAUUCCUAUAUACCACAAAAACCAAAAUGGGAAGGAUGUAGCCAAAGAUCAAUCUGUCGAUCCAUCAUCCAUUAUUCCCAUAUACCACAGAAACAAAAAUGGUCUUUUUGUAGAUCCAACAUCCAUUAUCCCUAUAUAUCACGAAAACCAAAAUGGCCAAUCAUUUGACCCAUUGUCCUUUAUUCCCAUAUACCUUGGAAACAAAAAUGGCUUUUCUGUUGACCCAUCAUCCAUUAUUCCCAUAUACCUGGAAAUAUAAAUGGCCUUUCUGUCUAUCCAUCGUCCCUAAUUCCCAUAUACCGUGGUAACCAAAAUAGACAAUCUGUGGAUCCAUCAUCCUUAAUUCCCAUUUACCGGGGUAACCAAAAUGGACAAUCUGUUGAUCUAUUGUCCUUGAUUCCCAUUUAUCGUGGUAACCAAAAUGGUCAAUCUGUCAAUCCAUCGUCCUUGAUUCCCAUUUACCGUGGUAAUCAAAAUGGACAAUCUGUCGAUCCAUCAUCCUUGAUUCCCAUUAAGCGGUAACCACCAAAAUGGAAAAUAUGUCUAUCCAUUUUCCUUAAUUCCCAUUUACCGUGGUAACCAAAGUGGACAAUCUGUCGAUCCAUCAUUCUUGAUUCCCAUUUACCGCGGUAACCACCAAAAUGGACAAUCUGUUGAUCCAUCAUCCUUGAUUCCCAUUUAUCAUGGUAACCAAAAUGAACAAUCUGUUGAUCCAUCAUCCUUUAUUCCCAUUUACCGUGGUACUCAAAACGGACAAUCUGUUGAUCUGUCUUCCUUGAUUCCCAUUUAUCGUGGUAACCACCAAAAUGGACAAUUUGUCGAUUCAUCGUCCUUGAUUCCCAUUUACCAUAGUAACCAAAAUGGACAAUCUGUUGAUCCAUCAUCCUUGAUUCCCAUUUACCGGGGUAAACAAAAUGGAAAAUCUAUCGAUCCAUCGUCCUUGAUUCCCAUUUACCAUGGUAACCAAAAUGGAGAAUUUAUCGAUCCAUCGUCCUUGAUUCCCAUUUACCAUGGUAACCAAAAUAGACAAUUUAUCGAUCCAUCAUCCUUGAUUCCCAUAUACCAUGGUAAGCAAAAUGAUGACCAAAACUCUAAGGCUAAUGAAGAAGUUGCCGCCAAAAGUGUUUCCACUGACCAAUAAACUAUGGAAGCAAAUGAUAAGGAAAAUCAAACUUUAAAGGAAGAUCCUAUCAAGAAUAUCUCUA